AUGUCUGACGAGACCUCCAUACAGGCAGCAAUAGCUACGGAAUUGGAACUCUUCGAUGGUGGCCUACUGCACAACGAUGCAGAGACGGAUAAUUCAGGAACGGAUAGAGUUAGCUCUCCUGAAAUUAGACCUCUAAGAUUAAAUCCUCACGGUACGUUCACGCCUUUGGAACCAUCAAAUCGUGGAGCGUCUUCGAGUACCAUUCGACUUGGUGUUGAUGGAAAUCAUUCAGUAGGGUACUUUAGACUGCCCGGCCGUCAUGACGAUAUAUUCGCCACAUUGGCGGAAUUUGAUGACGAAAAUGCGGUAGAGAAUCUUGCAGAAACUCCAUCUUUUGUUCGAGGAAGUAACAGAGUCAGAAGCCAGUCAAGAUGGUCAACUUCUGCAGAGGUAUCUCCCAGACAUCCGAAUGCUACGACAACAGCAAUCGACGACCUGUUCGGUCGACAUCUAAACCGAAUCCGAUUUGAAGAUGUUGUUGUGGACUCAGACACUCAACCGGAGGCUGUAUCAGAGACAAAUGAUGUAAAAGACUGUGAUGAUGUCGUCGUGCCAACUGAUUGGAGGCAUUCUUGCAAAGGCGUACAAGACCGCUUGAAAAGUGUACUCAGCACCGAGCGAUUUGCAGAUGUGUAUUUCUAUAUCGGUAGCACUGGAGCAGGCUACUCCAGACAAAGUAGUGAUGGAGUAGGAGACUGCAAAAUACUCAGCCGAUCGAACAGUGUAUUUUCUCCUCGACCCCCACGGUGUCCCAACACUCGCCGGUCGACAGCAUCGGCUCAGCGUCGCCAGAACACGGAGCAGCAGCGCCGGAUAUCAUCUGCCAUUGCUCAGGCAUCGGGAAAUGCAUCUGCGGUGGGCCAAGCAUCUCCAGCUGGGUCGGAUACAGAUGAUAUAGAACCAGACUCAAAGCGAGGGGAAGCAACAGCUGCUGAAAAAGCGAAAACACUUGCAGAAAUGCUCCUUGCUAUGAGAAAUACAACUUUUACUCCAGAAGUGCAAUCACUCUCAUCUUCACCAACGUCCCCAUCUGAAAUGGAGCAGUAUGAGGACGGAACCACAAACACUGCUACCAUGUGUCAUCUCUCAGAUAUAUCCGAUAUUGACGUGGUGCUCAGUGGAGGAGAGGAACCAAUAGUAGCUAGCACUUCAGCCAAGCCUCAGCAGAUGUUGGCUGAACAGAAUGAGUGCCACGCAGUUAGGAACGAAGUGAAACGGUUUGCUGCACAUAGGCUGGUACUAGCGGCAGCUUCGCCAGUCUUUGAGGCGAUGUUCUUUGGGGGAUUUGCAGAGAGUGCGAGAACUGCGCACAAUGGAUUGUCCAAAAUUAUGGAGGUACAUGUGGACGAUGUCACGCCUGCAGCUUUUCAACAAUGCUUACACUUUAUCUACUACGAUGACAUGUCACUGACCGACAAGCUGGAUGAUCUCUACGACACCCUAUACGCUGCGAAAAAAUAUCUUCUAACAUCACUGGUAACAGCAUGUACAAACCGACUAGUAAACAUGAUGACACCACAGAACGUAUUGCUUCAACUGAACCGAUGCUCAACAAUGGAUGAAGACGAACUAUUCAAAAUCUGCUGGCAUACCAUUGAUGUUCUGACUCCCGAUGUGCUUACAUCAGAACAUUUCAUCGACCUUGAGCGGCAGACUUUAGUGAAGCUAAUAAGUAGGGACACGUUGUACUGCGAAGAAUGGGAGAUAUUUGAGUCUCUAAUACGUUGGAGCAAACUUGAAUGCACAAGAACUGGAAUUAGUUCAACUUCUGCGAAUGUAGCAGCAAUUAUGAAACAAUUUCUACCGUACAUUCGAUUCAGAGCUAUGUCAUUGGAAGAUUUCAUUAUUCACGUUUCAAAGACCGACGUUUUAAGUUUGGAAGUGCAACAUACUAUACUCCUACAAAUAGCUACCAAAAUGUUUUCUGAGAAUGAUAAGAAGGAAAUGGAAAAAUCUCAUGAUAAUAUGCUAGAAAAGGAGGAAGACCCGUCCGUUUUGAAACGAAAAGGACCUCAAGUUCAUAAAUGCCGUCGCUUUAUUCAGUCAAUUGUUCCGCCUAACAAGGACUUCUUUUGGUCAGACACGGAAUAUGUAAUAUUCCAAGUAUCAAAGCCAGUCUUCUUAGCUGGAGUGGGACUUUUUGGACCUAUGAAUAAGGAAACACAUCUUAAAGUGAAGGUGGAGAUUCGACAGUGCAGUCUGAGUCAGAGCAGUCGGCUAAGCAGCAGUUCCGCCGGUAAUGGAACCGGAGGUUUUGCUGUGACCUAUCGAAGUACUGGAGUUUCGACCAUAGUAAGCGGAGGAAGCAGUGGACGUAGGCACAGUCAAAGACAUGUUGGUGCUCAGCCACAAUCAUAUCUGAGACCUAGUAAUGCUUCAAGCCGGCGAAGAGGGCAUGGCAGAGAUACGCGAUUGAGAUCAGAAAUCCAGACCUUGGAUUCGCCUUUAGCACCAACAGCCACUACACCAAGAACUCUAUUCAAAUCUGUAAAAACCAAGAAUACUGUUAUCGCAUCCAUAGAAGUUACUUUGAACUCUAUCAAUGCAACGAAUAGAGUGAUAGAAGUGAGGUUCCCCAGACCAGUUAAGGCAAUCAGUCCAGAAGAGGGUAGAAAUACGCGAUGUUAUCUGGGAAUGGUUCCUGCGAAAUCCCGUGUUUCAGUUCGCACUCGAAUUCCGUCAACAUCCUCUGAGAAUACGACUGGAAUUCUAACGGCAACAAGCACCGGACCACGCCCAAUGAUCAAUUUUGAUUUCGCAUUUGGGGCUAAUAGUAGUAGUGGGAAUGGAAUAGGCGGUCUCGCUGAUCCAGGCAGCAUUUCGAUUGGUGACAAGCAUGUAAAUGUUGUUGGAGAAGCUCCACAUAUUCCCCAUCUCCUAUUCUUCCCUGUUUCCUAA